AACUUCUAUUUCUUCUUCUUGACUGAGAUGGAGCUAAAAGGUUUGGGGUUCGUCCCCCUUCUGUUGGCGUUUUGGUGUGCGGCCUGGCUUGCCACCAGCUACAUCGUGACGGUCGUCCUCGGCCAUGCCGCCUCGCCACUGAUGCACAUCAGUGACGUGGGAAAUUUCUUUCCCGAAAACAUAUUAUUGAGAAUUGGAUUCAUAGGGACAUCCAUUGGCACUUUGGUACUAACCUUUCUCAUUUAUAAGUAUAUGGUUAUGCAUACUGAAGAGUUCAGGGGUCAUCAGGUCCUGAUCCAGAGGAUCCUGCUGGCCAUUGUGUGGGCCUCCUGUUUUGGUACAGCUGUCAUGCAUGUAUUGUCCCCCGAAGAAUAUCCCAGGAUACACUUUGUCAGCAUGGUAAUUUCCAUUACAUGUGAAGCCUUAUACUACCUUGGGCAGUCCAUCCAGAUGUAUAAAUUACCAGGAGCAAACAAAGUCAUCCACCAUAGUAGAUGCACCUGCUGUGUCCUGGCUUUUACCUGCGCAAUUUUCUACUUUGGAUAUAAAACAUUACAGGAAUUAUUCUAUGAUGAUGAAGACUGGGACGAGAUCCGUGAAAUCACCACCAUAAUCAUCGAGUGGGUGAUGCUUCUACUGAUCCUGAUAAACAUUGUGACCUAUUAUUCCACCAUGCAGAGGUUAAUGUUAACCGUCUCCAGGAACAGCUGCAAACUCUCUCUUAGAGUAAGAAUUGAUGACUUCGGGGUGUAGACCACCACGUGGGCCAUCAAGUGGACUUCUGGGAGAGAUACUGCACAGGACACAGGAAAACCAUCUAAAGAAUAAUAACUGGGGGACUACAUAUGGUGCCAGUAAUCAUGGCACAAUAAUAUGAGCUGGUGAUAUUACCUAUUAGUGUUGAGCGGCAUAGGCCAUAUUCGAAUUCGCGAAUAUUCGCGAAUAUAUGGGCGAAUAUUCGUCAUAUAUUCGCGAAUAUUCGCAUAUUCGCAAUAUUUUCGUUUUAUUUUUGCAUAUGCGGAUAUUUGCGUAUGCGAAAAUUACCAUAUGCGAAAAUUAGCAUAUUCAAAAUUAGCAUAAACGGAAAUUCGCAUAUGCGUAAAUUAGCAUAUGCAAAUAUUCGCAUAUGAGAAAAUUCGCACGCCAGUCUCACACAGUAGUAUUAGAGCCUUC